UGUUUUGCAAAUAUAAUCUUGUGUUGAGCACCCCUGAAUGUUCUUAACAGGUGCACUAUAAUGUAACAAAAGGUACACGUACAAUUACAAAUUACUUCCCCAGGGAAAAUUAGAGUGUUCCCUAUUUUCUUUUCAGUGGCACUUACAAAGUUUGACUUCUUAGAAUGGUUUUGCCGUAGCAUGAUUACUAUUUAUAAAUCACAUUGAACGAGGCAUCAUUUUUUUGAGAUUCUAAUUUCAGGUGUUUUUGGAAAAAAAAAAAUUCACAGUUUGGAUGUGAGAAAGGACAUGAGGAGACCAAAGACCUGGGAUUUUGCUGAUCAGAAUGAAACAAAUGUUGAAAGACUUUUCAAAUCUAUUGUUGGUGGUACUCUGUGACUAUGUUCUUGGAGAAGCUGAACAUCUCCUCUUGGGAAAGCCGGGCCAUGUAGCGCUAAGCAACAGCACAGUGUCUGUGGAUUUCCAGUAUUUCAGUGGUGCUAAUGGGACGCUGAGGAAUGUAUCUAUCCUGUUGUUGGAGGCCAACACCAAUCAGACUGUGACCACCAAAUACCUCCUGACCAACCAGUCCCAGGGCACACUCGAGUUUGAAUGCUUCUACUUCAGGGAGGCUGGAGACUAUUGGUUCACGAUGACUCGGGAAGCGGCAGACAACAGCGCUCCAGUGGGCUGGCGGGAGCAAAGUGCCUUUCUCAAGGUGGAAUGGCCCGUCUUUCACAUCACCUUGAAUAGGACGUCCCAGGCGGCAGAAGGCACCUUCCAGGUGGGCCUUUUUACCAGUCAGCCCUUGUGCUCCUUCCCGGUGGACCAGCCUGACAUCUCGGUGGACGUGGUCUUUACCAAUAGUCUGCCCGCGGCGAGAACAAGUCCAGGUCAGCCGCUGGAGAUCAGAACCAGCAAGAGGACAGAACUCUCUCAAGGUCAGUGGGUUGAGUUUGGCUGUGCCCCUGUGGGGCCCGAAGCCUACGUCACGGUGGUGCUGAAGCUGCUUGGCCGAGACUCAGUCAUUACCUCCACGGGACCCAUUGACCUGGCCCAGAAAUUUGGAUACAAACUGGUGAUGGCGCCGGAACUCACAUGUGAGUCCGGGGUAGAGGUCAUGGUGCUCCCUCCACCAUGCAUCUUCGUCCAAGGAGUGAUCACGGUCUUCAAGGAGGCCCCCAGACGCACUGGGGAAAGGACCAUUCAGCUGGCUGAAAACAGCCUGACCUUGGGAGAGAGGAGAACCGUAUUCAACUGCACUUUGUUUGACAUGGGGAGGAAUAAAUACUGCUUUGACUUUGGCGUUUCAAGCAGAAGCCAUUUUUCCGCAAAGGAGAGGGAGUGCAUGCUAAUUCAGAGAAAUAUAGAAACUUGGGGACUGUGGCAGCCGUGGAACCAAUGUAGUACCACAUGUGGGGAUGGUGUCAGAGAGCGACGCCGCGUGUGCCUGACUUCCUUCCCCUCCAGACCUGGCUGCCCUGGAAUGUCCUCGGAGACCUCCCUGUGUUCCCUGGAGGAGUGUGCUGCUUUCCAGCCAUCCAGCGCGUCUCCUCUUCCGCCCCAGGGUCCGGGGAAGUCCAACAACAUCGUGACCGUCACUGGGAUUUCGCUGUGCUUGUUCAUCAUCGUCGCCACCGUCCUCAUCACGCUGUGGAGGAAGUUCGGCCGCGCCCCCAAAUGCAGCACGCCGGCUCGACACAACUCCAUCCACUCCCCCGGCUUCCGGAAGAACUCGGACGAGGAGAACAUCUGCGAGCUGAGCGAGCAGCGCGGGAGCUUCUCGGACGGGGGCGACGGGCCCGCGGGGCGCCCCGGGGACGCGGGCAUCCCCCUGACGUACAGGCGCAGCGGGCCGGUGUCCCCGGAGGACGACGCCUCGGGCAGUGAGAGCGUGCAGUCCAACGCCCAGAAGAUCAUCCCGCCGCUGUUCAGCUACCGCCUCGCCCAGCAGCAGCUGAAGGAGAUGAAGAAGAAGGGCCUGACGGAAACCACCAAGGUGUACCACGUGUCUCAGAGUCCCCUGACGGACACGGCCAUCGACGCGGCCGCCGUCCCCGCCCUGGACGUGGAGAGCCCCGAAGAGGCUGCAGCCAACAAGUUCCGGAUCAAAUCCCCGUUCCUGGAGCAGCCAGCCGUGGGUGCCGCGGCCAGGCCCCCCUGCAGGCUGGACCUCCCCGUCUGUCGCGCCAGUUGUGCCGUCAGCCCCAGCCAGACGGUGAUCCGCAAGUCGGCCAUGAGGCACGUGGGCGGCAGAGGGGCGCCGCCGGAGAGGAGCCACCCCAGAGGCUCCCACUUCAGGAGGACAGCGAGCUUUCACGAAGCCAAGCAGGCCCGGCCGUUCCGGGAGAGGAGCAUGUCCACCCUGACUCCACGGCAGGCUCCGGCCUACAGUUCCAGGACGCGGACCUGGGACCAGGCGGAAGACCGAUUUCGGCCUCAGAGUCGAGGCGCUGCCGCGUUUCCUGAGAAACCGGACCAUUCCCAAGGGGCAGGUGCAACCCGGGGUCCCUUAAGCCCUCCCCCUAAAUCCUACACCCUGGGGCAGCCCACGAGGAAACCAGACCUCGGGGAUUGCCAGGCAGGAUUCGUGGCAGGAGGUGAGAGAGCGGAGCCUCCCAGAGCUCGGAGGGGCCCGUCCCCCAGUCACAGGAGUGUCCCAAGGAAGCAGCCGUCCCCCACGGCCCCCAAAGAUAGCUACCAGAGGGUCAGCCCUCUGAGCCCUUCUCAGUGUAGAAAAGACAAGUGUCAGAGCUUCCCAGCCCACCCCGAGUUCGCCUUCUAUGACAAUACAUCCUUCGGCCUCACUGAGGCAGAGCAGAGGAUGCUGGACCUCCCCGGCUAUUUUGGGUCAAAUGAAGAGGAUGAAACCACAAGUACACUCAGUGUGGAGAAGCUGGUCAUCUAGACCCAGAUCAGCCUGAGACUUCACACAACUGGGGUCCUUUGCCCAGCUCCUGGUAUCAGCUGCUCACAGUGUUCUGUGGACUGAAUUAUGUAGCUAUUUGUACAUUAGGAUUGGGUGGGGAGGAGGUAACUAAAGUGUGUGUAUGUGUUUUAAUUCAUAAGGAAGAAGUUACUUAUCCUGAACUUUCCCCUUUGUUAUCCCAGUUCUCUUGGCUUAUUACUAAUAAGUACAAUAAUAAAAUUUAAAC